CUCUGACUCAAUUUCAUAUUGAAAUGAAAUAAAAUAUUUUGCAGAAGCCACAUUCUGUUUGUUUCGACACCAGAAUGAAGACCAAAAAACAGAUAAUUGCUGAAGGGUUUCGGGAUUUUUCUUCCCAAACUACCAUACAUGGGUUGAAUAUAAUAGGGAUGCCUAAACUUCAUAUUUUCGAAAGAGUGUUAUGGGUUUUUAUUGUCGUUUGCGCCUUAGUAGCUGCAAUAUCUUUAACAUUUUCAAGUUUCAAAAGGUAUUCAGAGAAUCCGACAGUUGUUUCUCUCCAAAAAGAUUAUCGAAACUGGUUGAAUCAUUUUCCAGCCGUUACAGGGUGUUUCGUUAAUAAGACAAAUCCUGAAAAGGCUGUAGAAUACAUUAAAGCAAAAUGGAAUAUAACUGAAUCCGAUGAAAAAUUUUCUUAUUAUAUGGAUUUCGUGAUCACUGUUUCAAAUACAUCGUACUACAGCUUGGAUUCAUAUGAAAAUUUCAAGAAUGAUAAAACCCUCAACCAAGUUGAUCUCUUGGAAUUGACAAGAUCGGUCCAUCCAAACCUUGUUGGUACAUUGGUUACUUUUGAGCAUAAGAGAAAACCUUAUUGGAUUGUUGUUAUGACUGAAAUGGGUAUUUGUUUUACGGUUAACAGUCAGUUCGCACCAUUGAUGAAAAUAAAAAUUCCUGGAAAUAACGACACUGACGAUAAUGAAGAGAUACAUAUCCUACGCUGUCAUUACUUGAAUGGAUUAUGUUAUGCCAGGUAUGACUCAGAUCCAACACUAGCUGUCAAGUACUACAUACAUUCCUACUUGGAUGUUUUACAUGCAACUUCUAGUGAACCAGUGGUAGUUGAAGAAAGUCAAGAGAUGGACUUAAGCUUUAUGAUGCAAGAAACAACAUCGAGUUCCUCUUUGAGAGAUUUGUCCCCUACGCAACGAGGAUGUCGUUUCUAUGAUGAACCUUUAACUCCUGACUUGAAAAUUUAUAGCACCAGUAUAUGCUAUAUGCAAUGCAGGGAAAAACUUGCCAUGAAAUUGUGUGGAUGUACUCCAUUCUUUUAUAUAAUUGGUCAACGAGGAAAAGUGUGCGACAUCAAGGGAAUGAUCUGUUUGUCGAGAAAUGUAAAUAUUUUGACUAAAAAUCCUUCAGAAUUGAACUGUGUAUGUCCUCAAGCUUGCCAUCUUUUGACGUAUAUUCGGCAAACGCCAAAAGUAACAAAAUGGGAAUACGGAUAUUUCGAUCAAAGGAUCACAUUCAGAUGGAGCCUUAUUCCCCCUACGACAAAGUAUAUAAGAGAUGUCAUCUUUGGUAUAGACAGUUUAGUAGCAUCUUCAGGGGGGACAGUUUCCCUCUUCCUUGGUAUGAGUGUGAUUGGUUUGAUAGAAUUUUUUUAUUUGAUUGUGGAGAAUAUAAUAAAGGGCUUCAUCAAACUUUUUAGAAAUAAAAAGAAAUAGAUCAAAAAGGAACAAAAUACCUACUAAACAUAUAUGAGUUUUUAUUUUCAGCUUUGCCAAUUUGCGGUUGAAUUGUUCUUAAUUUAUGCAAUCUGUUGUACUUCUGUUGAUUGAAUAAGGUCAUCAGCAAUUAUUAUUAUUAUUUUUAUUAGAGUGUUUUCACAAACUCCACCGAGAUACAUUAUUUCAAAAGCCUCUUAAUUGUCAGCAAUACUAAUUUAUAAUUGAUACAAGAGAGUAGUAGCUGGCAGAAAAUACAUACAUACAUGUAUAUGGUUUUCAUUUAUUGUUUUCAUUGAUUACGUAGCUUAGCCUAAAUAGGUAGCAUUGUUUUACCCUUCUAUU